AUGCCUGGGACACAACCGCAUGGCUUGGAAGGGUACCCACCCUUGCGAAAGUCCGCGUUCAAGAGCUUCUUGCCGCGAGCCGUGUUCUCCUUGGCAUGGGUCUUCAUGACGCCGGCGUACUUGGCGCUCAACUGGGUCGUGUCCAUCUUCCGACCCACCACAGAUGAGAUUGUCAAGUUCCGCAGGUUGUGGCUUCCCAUCGCCUGCAUCAUGCUCAUCGUCAGUGUUCCCAUCGCCCUCUUUGCGCUCCCCUUCUACAUCCUCUCCCACCUCGGCCGCCGUGCCUUUACAUACCACGUCUACGCAGAGCGCACCAAGCGCAGCAUCAGCAAGACAGAGUGGACAAUCGUGUCGUGCAAUGCCCACCUGUUGCCAGAGGCGUUGGCGCGCAAGUAUAACCUGCGCAACACAUCCGAGCGCGCAAAGAGCCUGGCCGUGCGCAUCGCCGCGUCCAACAUUCAGCGGCACAGCGUCAACUUCAACAACGUGCUCAAGGACUUUCCCACGAGCGACUUCGUGUGCAUGCAGCAGGUGUACGACCGCACGGCCGUAGAGCGCAUUCUCUUCCAUCUCCACCAAUCGUUCCCCUUCAUCGUCGAGGACACGGGCGUGCUACACUGGCGUUCCCAUCGCCUCAGCGCCGGAUCGGGCCUCAUGCUGCUCUCCAAGUACCCGAUUAUGGACGCAGAAUUCAAGACGUUCUCCGGCAGCGCAGGCGCUGAUGGGCGAUUCUGCCGUGGUCUCCUCCUCGCCAAGGUGCACCUCUUCAAGAAGAACAAGCCGGAGAAGCGUCGUUUCGUCGGCUACAUCUUCGUCACCGAACUCCACUCGAGCAACCCUGAUAUUCGGCGGCAGCAGUUGGAGGAGAUUGAGCGGUUCACGCAUAACUUCCGCGAGCGCACCUCCAACCCAGGCGAGGUCGUCGGCUUCCAGGCCAUCGCAGGUGAAUUCCACUUUGACAACGUGAGCCAGGUCCACAACACAAACUGGGAGCACAACCUCUUCACACGGUACGCGCCCGACAACACUCACCUUUGA